GUCGCUGGCAAUGGCGCCAAAAACUUGACUCGCUAUGACGAAACUCUUAACAAUGGCCAAGUGUAACCAAUGAAAGAGACUGCAGUAUAGUGGCUCAAGUAAUAAAUAUUGAAUCCACGGGUCUCUAGAGUUACUAUUACUCAGCUUCAGUUCAUUAUCUAGCAAACCAGAUUAAGAUGGAAGAACUAAAACUACUCUAACAAACUGUAGUUUAAGUUAAUCUAAUUACAGGUUGGGAACUCACUUAGGUAUGAUUCCCCCUAGCCACUAGCCAGAUUAAUGAUUGAUGAUUUCUAACUUGUUUCACUUUCAUUCACAAUUGCAGAGAAUCCUUGGCUAGACCUUGAAUCUCGACUAAAGGAUCAAGGCCCUCUUGAGUCGAUUGCCUAGAGGGACGUAUCCUUCUCUAGAACAACCGAUCAAUGCAUUCUGAACUAGACUCCCUCUAUUGAAAGAGGUUCUCAAUCGAUACAAAGCAGUGAAUCGACCCUCGACUAAAGCAAUCGAUCCAAUACUAUCAAUCUAUGGUGCUCUGUUGACCUAAUCAAAGAUUAUAAAGUAGAAUUGAAUCAUGAAAACUUGCAUAGAUUGAAUAUGAACUCAAGAUUAUCAAGUAAGAGUACUCAUACAAUCAUCCAAUCAAACAAAUAUAGCUAGGGUUCCUCAAAACCUAAGUGAAGGGAAGUUACUCCAUAGAGAAGAGAGAGACUGUAGUAAGAAUCUUCAGAUGAUCAGUCUUCAAGUCUGGGCUUGUUCCUCGAGCUUCCAAGGCGAAGAAAUCCUCCAACUCCACUCCAAGAAUUCCCUCAAAUCUCCCUCUCUCUCUUUAGUUCGUCCCUAGGGUGUUUGGAUCCAAAACCCCGCUCUCCCCUGCCGAAACGCACAAAACAGGAUUUUAACAGUCUGCGUUCGCGAUCCCCGGUCCGAAUACCCGGUCGGGUAUUUUAGGUGGCGACCGGGGAUUGUUGAAACGCACCGUCGGGGACAGGGGGUUAAUCCCCGGUCAAGGUCAAGAAUACCCGACCGGGGAUUUAUGAUUUAUGCCCGGGCCCCCCUUCUGCUUCUCAGACACACAAAACAUAUUUUCCCCGAUAUGCUCCAAAUAAUACCCGGCCGGGUAUUUCUGCUCAUGGCCGGACAUUUUGCUCCUCCAGUACACUUCAACCCAAACGUGCUCCUUUCGACCCGAAACUCGUUUCUUCGCCUUGAUGCCAACGCUAAUCCUGAGAUAUGACAUAAACGCACAACCUAGCGUGAAAUCGGCUUAAAACAUGAGAAUCAACAUCUCAAACGGCUCAAGAAUAUGGGUAAAAACAUGUUCAAUUAACGGUCUAUCAAUACCUAAAUGAUGGAUCCACUCCAGAUGACCCGAAAGAGGCAUGGGCGCAGAGGCAGAAAGCGUUGUGUGGCACCUUUAUUGGCGAUGAGCUACACCGCCGCGCAUACUCAGACGUAUACCUUAAAUGUGUAGGUCCAACGGAAGCGAAGAGCAUAAUACAGAGCGUUCACAUGGGACUGUGCGUCAUGCACAGCAGUUCCCGAUCCAUGGAGCGCACCAUCCUACUCCACAGAUACUACUGGCCGCGGAUAAAAAAAAAAGAUACGAGAAAAUUUGUGUCAGAGUGCCACAAGUGCCAAGUAAACGCUCGACGGCAUCACCUACCAUCCACUGAGCUUCAAGGCAAUUUAAGUAUGUGGCCAUUUCACAAUGGAGGGUGGACCUUCUAGGCCCCUUCCCAACAACAAAGGGAAAACACAAAUACAUCAUUGUGGCGGUUGAUUACUUCAUGAAGUUGAUCGAAGCAGAGGCGUAGCAUCCAUCACAGCGCAUCAGGUCAUCCGCUUCCUAAGCACAAUGUACUGAAGCGGUUCGACGUACCAAGCACGUUCAUUUUCGACCAUGGGAAACAGUUUAACUACGCCGAAGUCAUCGACAUUAGCGAUAAAAUCGACGCGAUCGCUCGUUUCGUUUCAGUAGCGUACCCGCAAGCCAACAGCUAAGCAGAAUCCAUGAACAAAGCAAUCCUUCGCGGACUUCACACUCACUUAGGCGAGGCAAAGGGCAAUUGGAUGGAAGAGCUCCACAUGAUACUAUGGGCACACCGCACCACGUUCAAAGCUGCCACAGGCGAAACGCCAUUUGCACUCACAUAUGGCACUGACGCGGUUAUUCCCAUUGAGACAUCAAUGCCCACAUACCAGAUCACAAUGUUUAACGAAGAAAGUAACGACGCGGCGCGCUUAAUGGAUCUGGAGCUGGCAACGGAAAGACGCGAACUGGCAUCCAUCAAACUAGCCGCGGCGAAAGUUCAGAUAGCCAAAUACUACAACGCGAAGUUAGUCCCUCAUAACAUCAGGCUGGGAGACCAAGUGUUGAGGCGGAACUUCCGCCCAGACCCCAGACAUGGCAAGCUGGCAUCCACUUGGGAAGGGCCAUAUCUGAUUCACGAAGUAGUUGGACCAAACGCGUUCAAGUUGCGAGAUUUGGCGGAAGCCAAGAUCCCAAGAACAUGGAACGCUCAAAAUUUAAGGAAGUAUUGUAACGCCUCUUAAUGUACUUGUUAUGUAUGCGCAAGCAGGAAUAAGAACAUGAUAUCUUU